CAUCUCGCAAUGCUUCCAUGAUUUUGCGACGCAGCACCGGAAACUCGUUGGGGACUCGAAGAAGAACAGUAGGAGGUAAAAUCGUGUCAGGGAAGGGCCAAGACAGAAAUUAAGACAACAAAAAUCUGAAAGAGAUACUAUCACAAUGCUUCCCCUAUCUCUGCUGAAGACUGCCCAGAACCAUCCUAUGCUGGUGGAGCUGAAGAACGGAGAGACGUACAACGGUCACCUGGUCAGCUGUGACAACUGGAUGAACAUCAACCUGAGAGAAGUCAUCUGCACCUCAAGGGAUGGAGAUAAGUUCUGGAGGAUGCCUGAGUGCUACAUCAGAGGAAGCACCAUCAAGUAUCUGCGAAUCCCAGACGAGAUCAUCGACAUGGUGAAGGAGGAGGUGGUGUCAAAGGGCCGUGGACGGGGAGGCGCCCAGCAGAACAAACAGCAGGGCAAAGGAAGGGGGGGAGCCGGCCGGGGUCUGUUUGGUGGUCGUGGCAGAGGAAUGACCGGCAGUGGUCGGGGCCAACAGCAGCAGCAGCAGCAGCAGCAACAGCAGCAGCAACAACAGCAACAGCAGCAGCCGCAGCUGCAGCAGCAGCAGGAUAAGAAACCAGGCAAACCACAGGGAAUGAAGAACCAGCACUGACAGACAACAUAGCACCUUCAGCAGCAUACCCUCUUAUUCAGAGUGAUUGCUCCUUCAGUACAUGAAGAUGAAAUUAACUCUCUGGUGUUUUUUUUUUUUCUUCUGCUGAGAUGUUUGUCAGGACUGAUCACUGCAGAAAUCACACUGGGAGAAGUUGAGAGAAGCUGUGCAUUUGCACUGAAUUUUGUUUUUUACCAUCUGUAUGUUGGUAUUAACAUUUUUUAUGACCAUAUACCAGUGUAUCAGUCAGAACUGAUAGACUUCUCCUUUAGUAUCAACUUGUAAUAUGUAUCGUUACAACUUUACAUUUUGUAUCAUAAAUCACAUUCGGUUAUCAUUCAAAAAACAGUUUUCCAUCAGUUGGUACACUGGAAUGAGGUUUCUAUUUUCAGUUUUUUUUAUGUGGUUGUUUGCUUGUUUUGUCUCCUCAGGUGUAGUUUUCAUUGGUGAACAAACUGCCCAGCCCCAACUUUUGUUGCAUGAAUUUUUUUUUUUAAGUUGCUCUUUAUUUCUGUGGUGUUUUUGACGUUCCGUUGUUUUUU